CACUUAUGAAACAGCAGUGUGACGUGAUCGAGACAACACGCAGUAGCCUCUGAAUUCCUUUUAUGUAUAAAAUUUUACGCUCUAUUAACGAUUUCCAAUAAAUUUAAUAGUGUUUUGAGCUUAAAUGGUUAUUUGAUCUUAUAAAGUCGUUUGGUUUCUUUGUCAAAUUGUGCAUAUUAUUGUGAAAAACAAUUUUUUUUUUUUCAGACAGUCAAAGGAUACUAUAUUCAGUUGCUUUCAUGUUAUGAGUGUACCUUAAAACGGAACAUUCGUUUUUAUUUUUUAUUAAGUAUAAAAAACCAUUUGGGAUAGAUUCCAAAAAUUUUAGAAAUCAUUGAAAAUCUUCAACAUUAAAAUUUAAGUUAACACUAUAUUUGAUGACAGGCAAAAUAUUUAAAUGACGAUAUUAAAAUAAUAAUAAAGGAGUUGGGUUUAAAUUACGCUAGACGUAUAUUUAUGGUUUUUCGGCUAAUGGUUUUGAUAAAAGAAUUUAUAAAUCGAAAGCUUGAGAUUCUAAUUUAAUAAGUGUAUAAAUUUUGAAACAUUGUUUGAUUAUAUUUAAUAUUUUAAUAUUCAUCGGAUCUGAAUAAAUAUAUACUUUGUGACAGGUUUGAACGCACCUUGUGAAUCCUUCUGUGAAAGCUCUACUAUGCUUUGGAAAUUCAACAAAUCGAUUCCAGCACAUACUCUGUGGUUAUGGAGCGUCGUGAUAUAAUAUUGACUGCGAUUUUCGGAACGUUUGGUGCCAUCGGCGUAAUCAUUGGUCUGUGCUUAGUAGCUUGGCGAUAUCUUUGGGAUAAAAGAUCUAAAGAUCUUGAUAGUGACUGCGACAAUGGAAUAGAUAUUGAUAAUAUUAGAAGUAUUGAUGAAUCACAACAAUAUUUAAAAAAAAAUGGAAUACUCAACUUCAAAACACCACUUAUUACAACCAAAAAGAUCGGAGGAUCGAAUAGCUCUGGAAGUAAGUCCCCUGGUGCUGGAAGUUACAAUCCAGAAGCUGGAUCGGUAAUAAACAGUGGAAUUAAUGAUGCAAAAUCGCCAACAAUAGGACAACAAGCUAAGCAAUCCCAGAACACAAAAGAUACUUCAAAGGCAUUCAUGCAAAGCAGAUCAGUUUCAUUAGUGGAUAUGUACAUUGACAAUGCAGAACCUAGUGAAAACGUUGGACAAAUUCACUUCAGCUUAGAAUAUGAUUAUCAAAAUACUACUUUGGUUCUACGGAUUAUACAGGGUAAAGAUCUUCCCGCCAAAGAUUUAUCUGGUACAUCCGAUCCCUACGUCAAAGUAACUUUACUACCUGACAAAAAACACAGACUUGAAACUAAGAUCAAGCGAAGAACUUUGAAUCCUCGAUGGAAUGAAACUCUAUAUUUUGAAGGGUUUCCAAUUCAAAAACUUCAAAGCCGCGUACUUCAUCUCCAUGUAUUUGACUAUGAUCGCUUUUCAAGAGAUGAUUCCAUUGGAGAAAUGUUUCUACCACUCUGCCAGGUAAAUAAAUUUCUGAGUUCUAUAAUCAAGUCCCAGUUUUACUGUACAUGUUUUUGGAGGUGAUUUUCCGGUAGCAAGAUUGAGGAACUCGUUCACUUAGGG